GUCGAGCGGGGCAGGAGGUCUUCACCACCUUUGUCGCCUUGGUCAUUGGCAGUGCCUCCAUCCUCUUCACAUCCUUGACUGGGAUUGCAAAGGUGUGCAUGGCGGGCAUGCUGGGGGGCGUUGUGUCGGUGCUGCUGCUCUACUGUUGCUUCCCUGUCCUGAUGAUGCUUGGCCUCGGGCCUUCCCGGGUAAAACAGCGUGCCCUUGCCCUCUUCGCUUGGUGGCUGCUGGCUGGUAGGCCGAG